AUGGAACACACCCAACACAAAGACGAAGAGGAAGCCGUCUUUGUUGCUAUCCCUGCAACCGACACCACAAGUGGAGCUGUUCGACGGAGCAGGAGCAACGGCAACAAGGAAGCAACCUCCACAGCCCAGACACACAACAUGCCGAACAAGAAGGGUUGGGGUUCGGCCAGGGUCGCCUUUGUGACAAUCCUUGUGGUUUUGGGUUUUGAAGCCGCUACGAUUUUUUACUUUAUCAAAACUGAAGAGGCGGCCAACCGGAAGCGCAAGAUUGAGCAUGAUGUGCACUUGGGCAUCCUGGGAAACCCAGGAGACUACGAAACGUUCAAUUUCACCUUGCCUGACGAGGCCAACGGCCCUUGGAGCUCCAAAACCCGUUGUAUCAAGGCUGUGGCGAGGGGUGGUGCAGUCCUGGAAGUCUUUUAUGAUUUUCCUGAUAUCGCCCUUGGCACAACAAAUCAUCCCCAUGUUUCUCCUACCUAUAUGUCCAUCUCAGUGAUUCCCAUGAAGCCGAGCCCAACUGUUGUCCUCAAACCCACCUCGGAAUUGAUCAAAAAGCACAAGGGUUCCUUCCAACACACCAUGGAGGCAGAUGGAGAAGCCAAAAUAUGUGUUCGUGCUUCGGGGGCUACGAAUGACAAUCACAUGCAGUUUGGGCUGAAUGCCACUAUUGCGUCCGCUGGGAGACCCACCGGCACAUUUCGUUUCUCGUCUCCGCUAUCACCAUGCAACAAUCCCGGAAUUUGUGGUGGUGCCGGUAGCAUCAGCAGCGAUGCAAAGAAGACCAUGUCCAAAAGAAACAACGACGGUGUUGUUGUUGCCGAGGCCGCUCCAGUGUCCUUCUCCUGCUUGACAGAAGAAUUGCUGUUGAACGUUGCUGAGUUUCUUCCCGCAAAAGACCUUCUACAGUUUCAGUGUGUUUCAAGUGAAUUAGCUUCCCUCAAGACCGACAGCAUUUGGAAGCAGCGGUGUCGGGAUCGAUGGGCACCAUGGCCUCGCUUUCAGUUGACAUCCAAACGAGAAGAAGAGCUAAACAGAAGGUUUUCAAGUAGUGAUGACCAGAAAAGCUGGAAGGUUCGCUAUCAAUUGGUGGAGCAACAAGCCACCUGUACAGAACUCACACUGGAGGAUCUCCAAAACCUGCAAUGGUACUUGAGUUUCAUCAUCUCGGGUGUCCACCGCGGAGAAACAAAUUCGCAGUUGAUACCCAUUCAAUUCUGUCGCAACAAUCAUUUAAUGAUGAUGGGCCAUCCUCCAUUGCCGUAUCAGAUCAUCUGUGACACGCCACCGCCAUCCGAUCACAUUCGAAGUGGUUUGCGGGGUGAUCGCCCCUUUUCCAACACACAGUAUCUGCAAAUCAGUGAAUUUCCGGCUCAUUUUAUUACCAGGAAGAAAUCUAAUGCGGAAUGGAUGAUUGUCAAUGAGAAUGUAUUGAUUGUCAGUACGGGCAAGAGAGUCUGGGUGUAGCUAUAGCUAUCAAUACAGGCAGGCUUAUACAUCAGCGAAGAGUAUCAGGCACAGUACCAUGGUGUAACAGAAAAAGAGGUAGAUUCUUUCCUCAUGUUUGCAAACCGUAAUUUCUAGCUCAAAACCAAGUAGUAAAAAGCAUAGUAGAAAUACUAGUAGCUUGCAUC